UAUUGUUGUCACAGGAUGUUUUUACUCGGGAGAUCUGGAGGUUGGCGAACGCCCGGGGAGAAACUAUUCAAGGAACUAUUAUUUAGUCAAUUUGUUUCUUUUGGAGAAACUUUGCACAGUUGAGGGAUAUAACUUAGUUUUUCAAGCCUGUCCAUCUCCAGCAGAUGGUUUAGUUGGGAAAGAAUCUUAUGCUCAGGUACAAAUUGGUAGGCAAAUUCUAGGCAAAGGAGUUGGGUUAACAUGGGAAGAGGCCAAGCUCUAGUUAUACAUGGUUGUUCAUAUGUGACAGCAAUGACUAAUGAUCAAGAUCUAGAAUUCGAAUUGUGCCAUGUGAAGCAUUUCGCAUUUCACGAUCUGCAAAGUGCAACGGACAAUUUUAAUUCCAAGAAUAUAUUAGGUCAAGGAGGUUUUGGAAUUGUGUAUAAAGGCUGUUUGAGAAAUGGAACUUUAGUGGUAGUGAAGAGAUUAAAAGAUCCUGAUGUUAUUGGUGAAGUCCAAUUUCAAACAGAAGUUGAGUUGAUUGGCCUUGCUGUGCACAGGAAUCUCUUGCGUUUGUAUGGAUUUUGCAUGACCUCUAAAGAACGAUUGCUUGUAUAUCCAUAUAUGCCAAAUGGCAGUGUUGCUGACCGCUUGAGAGAUUAUCGCAAUGGAAAACCAUCUCUUGAUUGGAGUAAACGCAUGCGGAUUGCUCUUGGCACUGCCAGGGGGUUACUCUACCUUCAUGAACAAUGCAAUCCUAAGAUCAUCCACAGGGACGUCAAAGCUGCAAACAUAUUGCUCGAUGGAAAUUUCGAAGCAAUCGUCGGGGAUUUUGGAUUAGCAAAACUUCUUGACCGUCAGGAAUCACAUGUUACCACUGCAAUUCGGGGCACUAUUGGGCAUAUUGCUCCUGAGUAUCUCUCAACUGGACAGUCCUCGGAAAAGACUGAUGUUUAUGGGAUUGGCAUUCUCCUAUUGGAACUGAUUACUGGUCCUAAGACCUUGAGCAAUGGACAUGGCCAGUCUCAGAAAGGCAUGAUUCUAGACUGGGUUAGAGAGCUAAAGGAGGACAAGAGACUGGAUAAGCUGGUCGACAGGGAUCUCAGAGAUUCAUUUGAUAUUCUUGAGCUGGAGUGUUCAGUUGACGUGAUCAUCCAAUGCACACAGACGAACCCUAUGCUGUGGCCUAAGUUGUCUGAAAUUCUACACGCUCUUGAAGCCAAUGUCACGCUGGCGGAAACCAGCGUCGAAUUGAACAGGGAACCUCUUCCUUAUGGCGUGCCUUGCAGUUCCUCUAUGAGGCAUGAGGACCCUCACGAUUCAUCGUCCUUCAUAAUAGAGCCAAUCGAGCUAUCUGGUCCCAGAUGA